AGUUAUUCAUUUUUGUGUGUGACUUUCUCUAUCAAACCACAGCAACACAUAUAUUUUACGAGACAUAGUUUACUCUGUUGCAAGUAUUUAUUCAAUAUCUUAUGUAUGAAUGACAACCAUCGCACUGCUUCUGUCAGUCAGCUGGGGUAGGUAUAUGUAUGUAUUAGGGUAGGUGGGGUCACAAAGAGCCAAGAUGGCUGACUUUGAGGAGCCGCUGUCAGAUGAAGAGAAGGUCCGCAUAGCAGCUAACUUUGUGACUCAUGCCCCCCCGGGAGAGUUCAAUGAGGUCUUCAAUGAUGUGCGGCUUCUUCUCAACAAUGACAACCUCCUCAGGGAGGGGGCAUCACACUCCUUUGCCCAGUACAACAUGGAUCAGUUUACUCCUGCCAAACUAGAGGGCUACGAGGAGCCGGUUCUGAUCACAGAGCAUGGUGACUUGGGUCAGGGACGUUUCCUGGACCCCCGCAACCGCUUGGCUUUCCGCUUCGACCACCUAAGAAAAGAGGUGAGCGACGUGCAGCCAUAUGAAGGAGAGACGGCCCUGAGAAGCUGGAGAGAUGCGUGUGAUACUUCCCUUAGUGCCUACGUCAAAGAGCACUACCCUACUGGAGUCUGCACGGUAUAUGGGAAAACGGUUGAUGGUCAGCAAACGAUCAUUGCCUGCAUUGAAGGACAUCAGUUUCAACCCAAAAACUUCUGGAAUGGUCGCUGUAGGUCAGAGUGGAAGCUUACCAUCGGACAGUCGACUGCUCAGGUGGUGGGAGUGUUGAAAAUCCAGGUGCACUAUUAUGAAGAUGGGAAUGUGCAGUUGGUUAGCCACAAGGAGGUAGAGGAGUCCAUACCAGUGACUAAUGAAAGCCAAACAGCCAAGGAAUUUGUUGACAUUAUUGAGAAUGCAGAAAAUGACUACCAGACUGCGAUCAGCGAGAACUACCAGACCAUGUCUGACACCACCUUUAAGGCCCUGCGUCGCCAGCUGCCUGUCACACGCACUAAGAUCGACUGGAAUAAGAUCCUAAGUUACAAAAUUGGCAAAGAGAUGCAGAAUGUCUAGUGGAAGGCCAGGGACUUACCAGGGAGACGCACAAUCCACUGGGCCCACAACAACCUGCCUAUACAUGCGCAAGGACUAACCAAAGCAAAGCUAUAUCAGUAUGGGGCAAGGAAUUAUAAAAAAAUAAAAUAAAAAGAAGUAUAACUGAAGAUUUUGCAGACUAUUAGGCACAGAUAUCCGUCUGCUGUAAGGAAGUUAUGGUUAUGGAGAUAAUCGUGGUUUUGGAGAAAGCAGUUAUUCUGGGUGUGUGUUGUGAAAGAGUUGUGUUGGCUCAGUGUGCAGGGCUGUGCUCAGGACUGCUAUAUUAAAGAAAUAAAUCUUCCUUCGGUCGUAUAAGGAAUCACAGACCUCCCGAGAUUCAGGUGUCAGAAGUUACAAUAUUUUUCCUUAGUCAAACUGAUGCGGAACUGUGAUGCUGUCCCAGUGGAGAUCUUAGCACACAGUGAACAGAACCAGGACAGCACAAGGCAGCCGAUGAGAGAAAUUAAGCACAGCAUCACAUAUCAGGGUUUCGUUUUCAAAAGAAAAUAUGGAUUUUGUAAAAAUAAAUCAGUUUCAUUGUGGUCGUCAUAUAUAUAGUGGAAUUGAAAAUCGGAUGCAUCAGUAAAAUAGGGACAUUGACAAGAAAAUAAAUAGUCGUCUGACAUUUUAAUUGGUACCAAGCUUACAGUAUUCCUGAACUGCCAUCUUAAUGAAAUUGACAGUUUUUCUACCUGUUUAACAUUUAGUGGCCUGAUCCUCAGCAUAGCUCUGUUCCUGCGCUGUAGACCUGUAUGUCUGUCGGUGUCUGUCAGGGCUGAGGGAGUGUUAACUUGUUUUCUGUUCUGCUCCACUGAUGUUUGCGUCUCCACCCAUGCAAGCAAUGAUGACUGAAUUAAGAUUUAGCAACUUAUACACUGUUGCAUCUAUUAUGUAUUCUCUGUUCUGUUACUUUGGCAACACCAACCUCCAUUGCUGUACAGCUGUUCCUUUGUAAAAAGGAAAACAUACUCAUAUUAACCAAGAUUUAUUUGCCAAAAUCUCUUUCCUAUGGUAAAGAACUCCAUCCUCCCACCCAUGUAUGCAAAGUUCUAUUUUAAUAUGCUGGUUUUUGUUGGAGUCUUAACAUAAUGCACUCUUAACUGCAACAAGCUGUGUGUAUUGGUCAAUGCCAAGUGGUUGCAACGCAGUUGCCAUGUAAGGCAAGAUCAUACACUGUAUACGUUACAUGACUUCUGUAAGGCCAUAUCAUAUUGUAUGUGUUACAUAACGUCUAAGUAGGCUGACUCUGGAUCAGUUACUUGUUAGCUAUACUCUGUGCUGUGUUCAACCCUCACUAUUCUACAACUGUGUGCCGAUCAGUUAUAAAGUUAAAGACUGUACUGCCCCAUUCUGUUGUACAAAUAAAUGGAUUGAACAUCUUG